AUGCAAAUACUAUACAAUUUAAGGAAGCCCGCAAUUGUGUCUUACUUGCACAUUGUCCUUAUUGCAGGUCUUGUCAUCUGGUGUUCAGUAAAAACAGGCAGAGAUAUUGUAUCUUAUAGACCUACACCGAAGAAAAGUUCAGGAGAACAUUUUUCGAGUUUGGAGGAGAAGAUACUAAAGAAGGCUGUUGUUUUUAGAUCAAGAAAAACCGAUGAUGCAAAAGAAAAACCAAAAGAAAAAAAUGAGAAUAGAGCAUCUGUUGUUAGAAAGACAGAGGACGAAUUCCGUACAGCUAAACAACAGAAAAGUACUGUGGAAACACCGGCUGUUCAUAAAGAAAAGGCAGUGCAUGAAGAUACUGUGAAACACCCUGAGCCACAUUUGGAUUCCGAAAAGCAAGAUCCCGAAGAAGUUAGAUCGGAAGAAAGUAGCAUAAAAGAUCAAGAACACGUGGAAAAGAAUCAAAGCGAAGACGAAAGUGAUUCGAAUUUACAGGAACUACCUAAGGAUACACCAGAAAAACCUGUUACAAGAGAUUCCGGAAAAGAUAACCAAAGAGUUUCUGAAGAGAGUACAGGUGAUUCAUCAAAUCAUGGUUUUGAGGGUGUACUGAUAGAAGGAGAAGCACAUGAUUAUGGAUUUGUAGGAGGUGAUGCAAUUGAUUUUGGGUUUGACGAUGAGUGA